AUGUCCCCUUCCAGAGUGACAAGUGCUGAGCCACUAUGUUGUUGUGAAUAUGAAAAUAUCAAAGGAGAGAAAAGUCAUAUACUUGCCUGUUGCUGUGACUGUGAGGCCGUCGAUGAGGCUUUUGACAGGUGCAUAACAUGUCAGCGAAUCCCACCAAGGAUGCAGGCAAGAAUUUUAAACACGAUAAGUGACCGAUGUCGUAUCCCGGGGAUCUUCGGACAUGGGGCAAUGCAGCUACGCCUGGACAUUAUUGCACCACUGGUCAUGGUGCCGUUCUGCAUUUUCAUUGCCACUAUCGGACCAAUCAUGACAGUGCUGUCCUUGCUCCUUAUGCCGAUAUUUAUGUUAUUAUUUUAUCGGAGUUGGCGUAGAAACACGGAAAAAACUCGGACACCUUUCUUUUUUAUUUGGGGUUUAGUCUCAGUCAUAUUGAUGUUUGUAACAUUUCAGUCUUUCAUUGUAGGAUUUCGCGAAAUUUUAUUGUGGGAAAAUAUUUUAUUAACCACAUCGUGUUUCGGUAUGAUAUAUUAUAUGAUUCAAGCCAAGUUAAAUGGUCGAUCUUUACGUCCUUAUGUAUCAUACAAAGCUCUACAAAGGAAAGAUGUGUAUAGUUCAAAUGAUAGGCGCAGUAACUCAAUUGAAAAACAAGAAAAGGAGUACACACAAGUUGAUAUGGAAGAAACCACUGGAAACAGUAAAGUUCAAAUGUCUUUAGAUGAAAGGACUACUGAAACUUUACCAGAGGAGGACAUCAAAUGGGUGGAUUCUCGGCCAAUAGUGGAUGGCAAAUUGAUCACCUGGUGUGCUGAUUGUGGAAUAAAAAAGCCGCCUCGCUCUGGGCAUUGUACCGUGUGUAAAGCCUGCUUUGAUGUGCGUGACCAUCACUGUGUAUGGAUAGACUGUUGUAUAACCGCCAAUAAUCACAAACAGUUCAUGGCAGCAAUGAUACUGUUUGUGUUUAGUGGGUUUUACGGUGUCCAUCUCACCUUGACAACCGUGUGCACACCACAGUUAUACUACGGCUGGUUUCUACUUCCACAUGACUGUCGAUUUUUAUAUGUCGAUUUCCAGACAGCAGUGAGCUUUGUCAGUGGUCUCUAUUGUCUUCUAGCAUCAUGUCUGAUGUCUUGUAAUCUCCUCUACCAAUCAAUACUUAUCUCACAGAAUAUCACAUCACAGGAAAUACACAUGGCUAGCAAACGGAAACUUACAAAGUGGUAUGGUCUUAAGGCUUGUUCAAAUAUACAUGAUCGUGGAAUUUUUAAGAAUAUUUUACUUUUUCUCACCUCAAAGAGAAUCAGCGUAGGGUUGAUAGAAGUAUAGAAUACUUAAGGAUGUAAAAUACAUUAUAAUGAAAGACCUAGGGAAGAAAUCAUGCAAAAUUAUGAUCUUUUUAUAUACCACUCUUUAAGUAGAACAGAUUUAUGAAGGAUGAUACA